UAGCGACUACCUAUAAAAGUAGCUGCAUUCACGUUUCUUAGCACAUACGUGAUUCAAAAAAAUGUACAACUUCGCGGCAGUAACUCUAUUAGUUUCAAUUGGGGCGCUCGAAGUAGCAGGUUAUACAAUGGAACCAUUAAUCGUAACACAAUUUAUAGUGGACUUGGUUCAAACAAAAGAAACAGUUGUAUUUGCUUGCUCAAAGGAAGAUCUAGUGUUCAAUUCCCUCAAUUUGAUGAAGCACAACCAGUUUGUAAAUCCGAUUCAUAUAAACAGCUCGUACUCAUUGAUGUCUGUAUUAACAAGGGAGAAUUAUGCACGAGCUGCUGUGAUUGUGAAUACCGAAUGCGAAGGUUCCUCUAGACUCCUUCGAGAAGCUUCUGUGGGUAGAUACUUCAACAAGACUUAUCAGUGGCUGCUUUGGGGCAUAGGGCAAAAUAUUGAUGAUUUGUUACCCCUCGAGCUAGAUUAUGUGGGUCCAAAUGCUCAACUGACUUACGUCAAUAGAACUGUCGAUGGCUACUGUCUUUGGGACAUUCACUCCAAGGGCCGACAAUUGAAAUCAUCUUUGGAGGUGCAUUUAAUCGCUAUGCUUGGAAACAACCAAAACAAACUGCUUACAUUUCAAAAUAUUUUCGAGCUGCAAAGCAUCAAGUACCGUAGUCAAUUUAAUGGCCUGGUUUUAAGAGGAGCUAGUGUUAUUGAUCAGGAGGACAUCGUGACGAAUGAACAAAUUGAAGCUAUACUAUCACGGCACACAAAAGAUGCCGGUGUUGCAGCUUUUAUAAAGUAUCACUACGAAUUGUUAAGUCUGCUCAGGGAUCGUUUUAACUUUACUGUAAAUUUUCGAAACUCAAGAGGUUGGGCUGGCAGAUUGGGCAACACGACCUUUCGAUUGGGGUUACUUGGAAUCAUUAUGAGAAAUGAAGCAGACAUUGCAGCAUCAGGGGCAUUCAAUCGGAUCAAUCGAUUUGCAGAGUUUGAUACUAUUCAUCAGAGUUGGAAAUUCGAAACAGCUUUUCUUUUUCGAUUUACGCCUGACUUGGAUACUCAUGGUAAAAGUGGAAAUUUUCUAGCACCUUUCAGUGGGCAAGUGUGGUUCUUCACCUUGGCCACAUUGCUGGUAAUUAACAUAAUCUGGUUUCUUCUUGAGUACAUCAAUAAAAGAUGGCAAGGUGGACGUAGGAAGCCUAGCUUAUGCCGAAGUAGUUGGACGGAACGUUCACUGCAUACUUUUGGAGCAGUCUGUCAGCAGGGAAUGGAGCCAAUUCCAUCAGAUGUGCCCUCCCGUUCUGUUGUUGUAACUAUAUUUUUAUUCUCAGUAGUAAUGUACAAUUAUUACACCUCAUCUGUUGUUGGAGGGCUUCUAAGUUCUUCAGAUCAAGGACCUGCUACUGUCGACCAAAUUAUAUCUAGUCCACUGAAAAUCUCUUUUGAAGAUAUUGGAUACUAUAAAGUCUUAUUUAGAGAAAGUAGCAGUCCCGUUGUGACACGUCUUAUAAAACGAAAACUAUCUUCAUCCAGAGGACCAAGUGAGAUGGGCGUUUACGGUCACAUAGAAGACGCAAUUCCCUAUCUUAAAAGCGGUGGAUUCGCAUUUCACUGCGAAGUUGUUGAUGCUUAUCCGAUUAUCGCCGAAUUAUUUGAUGCCAAUGAAAUUUGCGACCUGCGUGAAGUAUCAGGCCUAAUGGAAGUGGAGAUUAUGAAUUGGAUUGUGCAUAAGAACAGUCAAUAUACCGAAUUGUUUAGAACAGCUAUGUGCAAUGCUCGGGAAGCUGGAUUAAUUGAGAGGAUCCUUCGACAACGUCAAAUGAAGAAGCCAACCUGUCAGUCUCUCUAUACCGUCUACCCAGUAUCUAUAUCGGGAGUUACCUCGGCAUUUUUCACACUGCUAAGUGGCAUUUUACUAGCUUUAUUAGCGUUGGGAGUCGAGAUUCUGUGGUUCAAAUGGAGAAAGUUAUAAAAUAUUAUCUUUUUUGUACCAUGUUUGUUGUAAGGAAUGAAUGAAGGAAGACACGAUUAUCUAAUCAUUUAAAAUCCCAAAAUUAUUUCAUGAUUUUCAUGAUAAAAAGUAUUUAAAAAAGGAAUUGAAAAAAAAA